CGCCUGCGCGCUCCGCUUCUUCCCGGCAACCUUUGCGGACGGAAACCCCGGGUGGUCCUUGGCAGCCGCAAGAUGGCGGAUCGACCUGUACCUAUUAGAGAUAUGAAGCUCAUGGAUGUGAAACUGGGUCAGCUGCCCACCUGGCUAGGAUCACGAAACUACACCCCCAGAGCAAUCUUUGAAGCUUGCAGGAGAGGCCACAACAGAUUCUACGCAAAAUACUGGGAUGUGAAGAAAUGCGGCAUCACCGGUCCUGCCAUGAUAAUAACGGCUUACGUGAUUUUCAGCUAUUAUACAGUAUAUGACCGGCUCAAGGAGGAGCGCUGGAGGAAAUAUCACUGAGAUUCCAUGGACAAGAACGCAAGUCGCCUUGCUGUGACCGGUUAACAAAAAGCUGCUGACCUCUGGAUUUCUCUUACAAAAUAUCAAAUGUAUGCUGAGACCAAUAAUAAAAUAUUCAGCCUA